GCUAGACUUUAACAGCGCUUUCCGAGCGGUAAACGAACUCGGGCUCGGGAUUGGUGGAUCCGUCUUUCUGUCAGUUGGAUUUGUAAAAAACGGGCAGCUAUAUAUGCGGGUCGCGGUAGGGCGCCGUCGGUCCGGCGUGUGUUGUUUACUGUGAGGUCGGAAUAUUAACCUGCCGCCCGGCUAAACGUGUCUGAGUAAACUCCGUCCUAGAUAAUCAAAAAAGAAGGACAGACAAGGAGACAGAGAGAGAGAGAAAGGGGAUGUUGACUUAUCCCUCUGACUUGCUCCCUCAGAUAGUUUGCCCAAUGGAUGAAGAUGCUAUUCCCCCAAACCCUUUCUAUAGUGCACCCCCCCACAGUGAACCUCCACCACCUCUCCUCCCCCUUUCCUCCAUCACUCCCAGCUGUGUGAAUGAUGGAGUAUCUGGCAGCAGAAGACGAGGUCGCAUUCAAGGGAUCAGAGCCCAAACUCCUAAAAAGCAGAGCGACACUGACAGCGGCGCAGCUCAGAAACCAUCCAGACAGAAUCCGUCCCCCACCAAGAGACAGAGACAGAGGGAGUGUGGGAACAUGGUACAAGUGCCACAGUCCAAGCAGCCGAGAGUUGAAAGCACACACGAGAAACAGGAUGGAUUUGAUUUUAGUGCAGCAGAAGAGUGCCAAAAUAAGCAAAAGGAUCAGAAAACCCCAAGAAAGAAACCAAAUGUCUUUGCUGCAGAAAAUGUAGUUGAGCAGUUUGCUGACAAUACAACACAGAAUCUCGACGCUACUAAAUCUGACAUGGAUACAUGUAAGGAAUUGGCUGUUGAACAAGCUGUUGAAAAUGCAUCUGCUACGAAAGGAUGGGUGAUUGGCCCGUUGUUUCAGUCAUUAAAGUCGAAGAUGGCCAGCUUCACAGAGAUAGUUUUGACUCCAGUUAAGCUCUUCAGAGCUAAUAGUCCUCCGCCGUCCAUGGACCAUCCACACAAACUCGAUGAGUUUGAGCAACAGGCAGAUGGGACAUCUGACGUUGAAAGCUCAGAGCCAAGCAACAUGUUUCUUCCAGAAGGACAAUGUGAAAACGGGAAUCAGGACGAUAAAGUAAAUCAGGAGAGUUCUUUGUGUCGAACGAGGCUCCGUGAUGGAGGAAGUGAACAAAAUGGCAAAAGUGUUGCUCUUGUACAUUCUAGGAAAUUAGCAUUUGAUGAUGAUAAUUGUGCAAUAACUCAGAAUGAAAAAAACUCUGUGCCUUUGCAACACAGCCCCUUACCCUGCAUUGUAUCCGAGCAGGUUCCAGAACCUAUCGGGUCCGUUAUUAGGUCCUCUUUCCUGUUACAGCCCUCUGGCAAUGUAAGUGCCUCGCAUGAAUCCAAGUUGUCAAGUGUUGUGGAGGAACAGAAAGGCAAACUGUCCGCCCAGGUUAAACCACUGCCUAGAAAACGCACAGGAAAUAGAUCUGAGUUAAAGAAACGUACCUGUAAGACUCUUAAAUCUGAAGUCAGAAAGGAAGACCCAGAGGUCAGUGAUGAGCAGCUUUCUCACGUUACUUCAGUCAGAUCAAACAAAGCUGACACCAGUGAUACUGAUAAGAUGUCAUUAUGUUCCUCAGACUGUUAUGCUCAGCCAGACGCAGACUGGCUUCACCACGAUGGUGCUGAUGAUACCGGGAAAUUAUUAAGUGCCCGUUUGGUUCGACAAAGCCUCCGACAAAGCCUCCAGAGUAACUUUAAUAAUGAUGCUAAAGAAGAAGCACUUAAUCCCACUUUGGAUACUCAGCACCUCGAAUGUCAGCUUAACUCUGAAACGUAUACAGCUGCAGGUCUUGGGAGAGCGAAGAGGGCGGUGAAACUGGACUGUCAUUCCCAAGACUUGGUGAAGAGGAAAAGGUUGACAGCAAAUACAUGUACAGAGGAUACAAAAAAUCCGGAGUUAUUAAAUAUGGCUUCGGAUGGUGGCAUAUUGAAAGGGCUAAGACCACUAAGAAAGGAAGUUGUGUCGACAGAUAGCAUCUUGGACGAGGAGGAAACGCUAAAGCCUGCUAGGAAAAGGCAGGCAGUUUCAACAAGGGCAAAUAGGAAAAGCAAAGGUGGACAGGAAAUGCUUGCUGCAUUAAAUGAAAAAGUGUUACUCAUGCAGACUGAAUGUGCCUCUGAUGCUAUGUCCGUUUGCUCGCUGGAUAAAAGCAGCGAGAACAAUCAGAAAGGCAGCAAGACGAAGCAAAGUGGUACGUGCAAAAGACUGAAGACGAGAACUGGUCUCGGUAAACCUGACGUAGACAUUGAUGACAGAAUGGAUGUGGAAACCACAGUAGGAAUCGCUUCUGCAAAACAAUCCGAGCCGGAGCAGUUUUCUGAAGUCUUUGACCAUCUUUCCGAUAUAAAGCAGCUCCAGACAUUAAGCAAGUGCAGGAAUGUAAACAAGAAACCACGGAAAAAGAAAUCACCUAACCAAGCAGCUACAAAAUCAGACACUUCAGUUUCUACCUCAUCAGAACUAUCAACGGAGCUGCUAGAACUCAGGCCCGCAGAUUUUAACGCCUCUCAGCAUGUGGAAAGAGAAGAGAGCUGGACAACAGGGCUCAGCCAGCCGACCAAGAGACUCAGAACGGAUUGUAGAAGUUCUGCUAAAUUUUCCGUGUCGGGUAGGACUGAAGAGACAAAGCAAUGUAGCGAUAACCUUCAUGCGCUAACCAAAGAGAGCCAGCCUAAAGAAGACACAGGUAAAAUCUCAACGGACCCUGUGUAUUUUGAAAUGACACCUUUUGAAAGUGAUCACCAACCUGUUUCUUCAUCCUCCCAAUCUGAGUUAAACUGUUUUGUGAAAUUAAAUAAAUAUAAGAAUGCCAAGGAUGGAAAAGAAACGAGUACUUGUCCCGCUGGUCCUGAAGCUGGUAACCAUAGCAGCAUCAAUGCCUCUAGGUUAAGGUCAAGUGCCAGAAGGGUUAACAUUAAGCCAAGAAGGUCAGAUAACCAAAGGAGAAAAUGCAGGGUUUUGCAUAGUAGAACACGUACAGGUGAAGAUGUGACAAACUCGGUCACUAUGGAGGAUGCAGAUCUCUCUACGACAGGUACACGAUCAUCAGAAAACCGCAGCUUUUCGAGGCGGUUGUUGCGCAGCUACUCGUGCCCAGAGAUCCCCUCCUUCCGUCCCCACGACACGCCCUGGACAUCCUCUCUGCAUUCACCGCAGCACAGCCGGAUUCACACAUCACACCACCAGCACCAGUCCAACCACACUCCUUUCGUCCCUCACGCCCACAAAUCCCUGCACCGGGCUCGUCGACACACCGUCUGCAGCGUAGAAGUGGAGAGGGAGAUCGCCCCUCUCUGCCUUCGUAAGGAGGUGUACCCUUCCAGGAGAUCCGCCCCGUACGACGGCGUCGGCCAACACCUCUCUCCUAGUCUCGCACUUUCUCCCAGCACUUCUUUCUCAGCUCUUGCUUCCUGUUUCCUUUCAAGCCCCCUGGCUUUCCUCUCUAAGAAAAUUGACGGCAGAGGAGCUGCUGCCAGCCCCGGCACUUCCACUCAUAUUUCCUCUCCCAUCUCCACCUCUUCGGCGUCUCCAUUGAGCUCCUCCUCAUGGCACCAUCCAGGAUUCUUCCAAAGAACCGACUCCUCUGGUGCCACCCUGGACUCCAGUAGCAGCAGGAAUUCAUUGGAGUGUAAGAUUGAGAGAAGACAACAGAGUGAGGAAGAGGAUGACGGCGAGGACACGAGCUCUUCCAGUCAGGAGUUUGAAGAUGUGGGGUUGAGAGAAGAAAAGGCUCUGUCUGAUUCUGAAAUUAAGGUGGUGCAGAAGCACGAAGAACGAGGAAAAGUGUCGUCUAUUAGAAUUCGGAAAACUUUACCCAAACCUCAGAACAACCUGACACCCAUGGGCCUCCCCAAACCCAUCAGACUGAAAAAGAAGGAGUUUAGUUUGGAAGAAAUUUACACCAAUAAGAAUUUCAGCAAACCCCCUGAAAGCCGUCUGGAGACCAUAUUCGAGGUGCCGCUCAGUCGCCGCAACGGUUCCGAGUCCCGGUUCGGCCAGAGGCGGGUCAAACGAUUUCUGGAGUUCCUAGAAGUCGGCGAGGCCAGAAAACCAAAGAAGCCGCUCGUUGGCGUCGGAAAGGCGGGGAUUUCAACGUCCAGGACGAGGCGAGGAGGCUUCCCUAAAGACGAACCGUCCCUUAUCGUGCAGGAUGUGGACUCGCUUCUCUGUGCCAAACUCGAUCAGCUGAAUUUGUGGCUGAUACACGAUCAGAAAGACAGUUGACAUUUGCCUCUUGUAUGGCGAUUGUAAGGCAGCCAUUAAAAAAAACAACAACAAAAAAAAAACACUGCAACAGAU